AUCAUCUGGAAACGUCACAGCUGCCAGUAAUAUUCCAUCAGGCAGACUGCAGUGCUGUUACAGCCCUAACCCUGAUGCUUCUUGAAAAGCACGGAAGUCAUUUCUAAGCAAGGACGGAUCCUGAUUCACUCUGAAAUGGUGCAUGGGGUAUUUGAAGGCAGACAGAAGACCUAUCCCACCCAGAAGCAGUCUGAACUCUGCCACGCAUCAUCUUUCCUGUAUUCAUCUUGGAUUCUCAAUGCGGCUUUCUAGAAGAUGACCAUAGAGGACCUUCCAGACCCUUCCUCAGAAGGAGACUCUUUGAUUGGCAGAUACCAGUUUUUACUCCAAGGUUCUAAUACCUCCGUUACUUUUUCCGUUUCGGCAGCACCAAUGCCUUCAGACUGUGAAUUUUCCUUCUUUGAUCCUAAUGAUGCAUCAUGCCAGGAAAUACUUUUUAACCCCAAAACAUCAGUGCCUGAAUUAUUUGCCAUUUUAAGACAGUGGGUCCCCCAAGUCCAGCAAAAUAUCGACAUUAUUGGGAAUGAGAUUAUUAAAAGGGGAUGCAAUGUGAAUGACAGAGAUGGAUUGACGGACAUGACUCUUCUACAUUACACCUGCAAGUCUGGGGCUCAAGGCAUUGGUGAUGUUGAGACAGCUGUAAAAUUUGCCUCUCAUCUUAUUGAUCUGGGGGCAGAUGUCAGUUUGCGAAGCCGUUGGACAAAUAUGAAUGCUUUGCAUUAUGCUGCCUACUUUGAUGUCCCUGAACUUAUAAGGAUCAUUUUGAAAACUUCCAAACCAAAAGAUGUGGAUGCCACUUGCAGUGACUUUGAUUUUGGAACAGCUUUGCACAUUGCUGCAUUUAACCUGUGUUCAGGGGCUGUAAAGUGUUUGCUGGAACAUGAAGCAAAUCCUGCCUUUAGGAAUGACAAAGGGCAGAUCCCAGCUGACGUUGUUCCAGACCCAAUUGAUAUGCCUUUAGAGAUGGCAGAUGCAGCAGCAAGUGCUAAAGAAAUCAAGCAGAUGCUGUUGGAUGCUGUGCCUCUGUCAUGUGACAUCUCAAAAGCUAUGCUGCCGAGCUAUGAUCACAUCACUGGCAAAGCUAUGCUUACGUCCCUUGGCUUGAAGUUGGGUGAUCGGGUCAUCAUUGCAGGGCAGAAGAUGGGAACAUUAAGAUUUUGUGGCACAACUGAAUUUGCCAGUGGACAGUGGGCUGGCAUUGAGUUGGAUGAACCAGAAGGAAAGAAUAAUGGAAGUGUUGGAAAAGUCCAAUACUUUAAAUGCGCACCAAAAUAUGGUAUUUUUGCACCUCUUUCAAAGAUAAGUAAAGCUUCAAAUCCGAAGAAGAACAUAACAAGAACGUCUUCUACUCGAGCUAUUCCUCUCAUCAGGACCCAGAAGAUUGAUGUAACUCAUAUAACUUCAAAAGUAAAUACUGGAUUAAUGUCCUCCAAAAAGGAUGGCGUCUCUGAUUCUUCGCUUAUAUUGCCUCCUGAUGAAGGAAUGAAAAAUAUGACUAUGAAGGAAGCUACUCACCUUGGAUCUGUCAGCUCUUCCUCUUCUACAUCCUCCUUGGAUAACAAACAGACUCCUCUCAAGAAUUUGGCUGGUACCAGUAGUAAUAAGAAAGCAGUAAUUAAAAGCUCUUCCACUUCACCCAGAGCCAGUGCUACAGGUUUGAAUAUCUCUGGUAAAUUGGUAGGAAGUACACACGCCGAAGGAGAACUUCAGCUUGGAGACAGAGUCCUGGUGGUAGGCCAGAGGAUUGGCACUGUUAGAUUCUUCGGUACAACAAACUUUGCCCCAGGAUUUUGGUGUGGCAUUGAGUUGGAAAAACCUUAUGGCAAGAAUGAUGGCUCCGUUGGAGGAGUUCAGUACUUCAGUUGUUCUCCAAGAUAUGGAAUAUUUGCUCCUCCAUCCAGGGUAAAGAGACUUACAGAUUCCUUAGAUACUCUUGCAGGGGUUGCAUCAAGUAAGAGGAAUCGUUCUUUUCCUGGUUUUAGGCGAAGUUUCAGUACAACUUCUGCAUCUUCCCAAAAAGAAAUAAAUAGAAGAAACACUUUUGCCAGCUCCAAGAGCGGUUUGUUACGUCGGAGUUGGAGCAGCACUACUACUGGUGGCAUUGAAGGAACUGUGAAGCUCCAGGAAGGUUCCCAGGUCCUCCUGACCAGCUCCAACGAGAUGGGCAUCAUUAGGUACGUUGGCCCCGCUGACUUUGCACCGGGGAUAUGGCUUGGACUUGAACUCAGAAAUGCCAAAGGAAAAAAUGAUGGAUCAGUAGCCGACAAGCGCUAUUUCACCUGUAAGCCAAACCACGGAGUCUUAGUUCGGCCAAGCAGAGUAACGUAUCGUGGCAUCAAUGGGUCAAAGCUCGUGGAGGAUGAUUGUUGAACUAAAAAAAAACACAGAAAAACAACUCGCCAUCAACUGAACGAAGCCUAGUAUCCUGGAAAUAUAAGAAAUAAAACACUAAAGGCUCUCGCUUUAUUGUGGGUGGGAAACCAACUGCUUACUUUAUUUACUUGUAAUGUACAUUGUUUGUGAUAUACCUUUGACCUCAUAUGUCAUUGUAGCACUUUGAGGAUAACCUGGUAGGAAAAGGGUAUGAGCCUUGGGAACCAUACAUUUAAAAGCAAUUUCAAAGCUUAUUCAAGAGCUUCCUCAGUGUUAACGGUAGGCCCCAUUAAUGACUACCUAAUGUUCACUCAGCUUAGUUGGUUAUUUGCAUUGUACGCUAUUUAAACGGUUUUCCAUUUAACCAUUUAGUUAUCCAGCAUGUCCUUUAUUCCCAUUGCUUUCCAAACUUCGGGUAAGAUGAUGAUCAUAUUCCCUUCAACUGUAGCUGAGUUGGGGGAUUUUUUUAUACCUUUCUUAUCUUAGCAGUAAACAAGAAAAUCAGUGGCACAUUUUUAAGUACCUUUUGUGAAAUAAUUGAAUGUCUGAUUAUUCAGAGAAACACUAUUUGAGAUAGAUGGAAAAGAAUGUACUUUUCUUCAGUAUUGCAUUAGAACAGGGAAACUCUGCUGAUUAAGAGCAAAUUGAGUAUCUGUUUAGAAUUUGUUGGAGAAUUAUGCAUUUACCCUUUUUACUAAACACAUGUUUAGUAAAGAAAAAUCACACAUUAAGAAGCACUUUUCAAAACAUGUUGCACUUUCAUCUCUGUGGAGAUUCUCUCUCCUCUUCCAUUCCCCCCACCCAUUCCCCCCAUUACUUGAAGUCCAUUGCCUUCUGUUGCUGCUGGCUAUAAAGAACAUUUUAAUGCAUUUAAAAGCAAGGAGCAAAUUGGGAUGAAUUGGUUAGAUGGGGGGAAGGGGAAGGGGGUCUUAGCAAUCUACUUAAAUCUUGCGAAGAGAUAGCUGAAAGUAUGUAUAAUGUAUUCUUAUAUAAGUGCUUAGUACAGUGCUCUGCACAUAGUAAGCGCUCAAUAAAUACUAUUGAAUGAAUGAAUAUAUUCCCACAUGUAGGGCCCAGUCAUUUAUAUAAUGCAUUUUGUCCCUUUAUUUUAUUAUACUUAAAUUAGUUCUAGUUUUUGCUAAAGUUGUUUUAAAAUUUUAUCAAACUGUGGCAAAGCACAGGUAUAUGUAUUAGGCUAGUCACAUAUCAUACAAGAAGCAGCACUGUAAUUUAGAGUUUGUCUUAAGUUGAACAAAAAUGAAAAGAGUUUAUUUGUGUUAUGAAUUAAUAUUGCUGUUAAAGCGGCCCAAAUAUAUAUGUAUAAAAGACUUAUAUUUUAUUGUAGAUAAUCAGAUUUUAAAAUACCACAAAAAUAGCAGAAUAGCGGUUGCUUUAAAAGAUCAAGAUUAUCUUUCAGACUGAAACUGCCUUUGCACUUAAGAUAUUCAGAUGUUUUGCAGUGUAGUAUUUUUAAACUAAUCCUGCAGCUAUGGAAAAGUGGAAUUUUAGAUACUUAGAGCUAUUUUGGUGAAACCUCUUUACAAAACAAGGCUGUAAUAUACAUUGUCUUGUAAUAAUGGAAUAUUUUUACUGACAAGAGAAAAGAAUGUGUUAUCAUUUGAAUGUAAGGUUGUUUUAUUAUACAGUUUCUCUGCUAAAACUCAGUUGAUUUCUAUUUGAAGAUGCAGAUGCUUAUUGUUGCACUUAUCUUUUACAGUGGACACAAUACUUCUUCUCCACCUUAAAUGAGAGCACCGUAAACUGGAAUCUGCUUUAUUAAUGCUGUUUCUGAUUUUGUUUUUAGGGAAAUUGAUUUUACAGGUCACAGGCUAGUUGUUUUUUUUUCUUCCUGAUUCCUUUUCCUACUUCGAUUAUGUGACUAGAACAAGAACCCUAAAACUGCAUUACUGUAUUUGUGUGCAUAAGUAUAUCAAAAAUAUGUUUUUAAAAUCUUUACUUAUCACAUGACCACUUUUCCUGGAAAAGAAUUGCAGCUUCUUGAGCGUAAAUAAAAUGGGCAGCCAUUGUA